AUGGAAAUAAGAAAACAGUCAAGAAUUUUUAGAUACACAAAAAUAGAUGAUGACAGAAUGGUAAGAACUAUACAGAAUUUAACAACUGAGGCAUCUGAGUCAUGCAUAGUAAGAACAAAUAAAAGACUAUUGACUGCUUACACUCCAUUAAGAAGCAGAGCAGGCUCAUUUUUAAUUCCAAAAUCGCUUCCGAUCUUUAUUGGACAUACAUCUCUAAUUAAAGGCAUAUCUAGCGAAAUACCAACUGGAAUUUACACCUUCUCUCUUCUUUACAAAAUAUCUCAAAGAUAUCCGAAAUUUAGCAUCACUAUUCCAGAUACAAUUAUUUUCAAUUCAGGAUUUGACUGCCCAACCGUUAUCUCUAAUCGGCAAGGAUUUUUAGAAUUCAUGCCAUACAGAAAUGGGAUGAAUAACUUGCGAAACGAAGCUUCUUGCUUAUUUUUUCAGAAAAACUCUGAAAAUACUUGUGAUACUCCGGGCUCUAUCAUUAAGUAUUCAAACCACAUGAAACUUAUACAAAGCACGCAGGAAGAAUUAAUAGAAAACUGGCCUGAUAUAUAUAAAGAUACUCUAAUACAAAGGUUCAUUAAGCCGAAAGGGUUAAGAGCAAGUAGAGUCAGAGUGAUUUUAAAAGAAAAUUCUAGUCCUAGAAUUUACGUAUUUACUAAUAUUGCAAGAACUGAUAACCGAGAAGACCCUUCUCUAGCUCUUUUCUAAAAUAAAUUUAGCAAUUGAAUUAUCAUCUACUAUAUAAAUUAUCAUUUCUUUUAAAGCUUAAAAAUUUUGCUUUUUUAAAAAUAUAGAUGGAGUAAGAACAAAGAAAAAAGAGAUCCAAAGUAUUGAGCAAGAUAUCAAAAUCUUCGAAGAAGUUCAAAAAACUAUUUACCACCACAAUGAAAUCAAAAAAUUUAUAAACUCCCAAAGUCUAGAAGAUAUAUUAAGGCCUCGAACUUGCUCAAAACAGAUCCAUUUCUCACCAAUUUCCCCAGGCAAAAUAAAAGCUUUUAAUUUAUUUCGAGACAAUUUUCGUAUAAAGCGGAAACCUUCUUUCGCAAAUAACUCAUUAUUAGAGCGAUUCAUUACGAGAGAUGAUAUGAACCAUUGCCAUAUAUACGAGGGGAAAAUUCAAAGCUAUGAAAAGCCUUUGGAGAUUGCGCUUUAUUUAUAUGAUAAAAUAAACAAAUAUUUUUUCAAAAAUUUGGUGCUUUCUGAGCUUUCUGUUGAUUUUAUACAGAGAAACGAUGGAGUUUAUUUUCUGCAAAAAAUAGCAUCAGGAAAGACAAAACCAAUUAGCAAGUUUCGUUUUCAAUUAUCAGUUAAUAAAAGCCAUUUAACUCGAUAG